AUGAAAGUAAAAUGUUUAUUCAAACAAGUGGACGAAAAGCAUUUACAUGCUGAGGUAGAUUUGAUGCUUUGGUCUCCAAAAAUGGACCUAAUAGCGUUGAGUAUGGCAACUGGAGAAGUUUGCCUGUUUAGGCUGUCCUGGCAGAAAGUUUGGUCCAUUCCAAAAAUAAAUGAAAACGUUUUUGUUUCAUGUUUAGCUUGGAGGCCAGAUGGUAAAGUGUUGUCUGUUGGUCAUACGAAUGGUAAAGUUAAGUUGUAUAGCAUUGAAGAUGCUUCACUCAUCAUUGAACACAACAUAUCCGAUAAACCAAUCACUUCGAUGUGCUGGGUUGCCGAUAGCAGUCCCGACAAGCCGAUCCCUGAAAAUGUCAAAUAUUCAUUCGAGUCAUUAAAGUUACAUGAUGGUUUUAAAGAUGCAUCCUCUGAAUACUUGCCAGAACUUCCGCCAUUGCAAAACAGUCAGGAAGGUUGUAAAUCUACAGCCAACAUUAUGAGGUUGAAAGAUUUGAAUAAUUUGAACAUCUUAGUCAUCAGUUCUGCAAGUUUUGUUAAAUUUUAUGCAUUUGGAAUAAUAUCCAUUGGAUAUUUAGAUACAUACAGGGACAUCAAGGAGAUACUGAAUGUCAACCUGUCAGAUAGUUUAGUCAUAUUUAAUGUGGUGGGUCUAUCAGCAAAAGAUUCAGAUGUUAUUGUGCUGAUCACUCACAAUUGUGAAGAGCUGUCCAAGAAUAAAGAGGAAAUUAAACUGAUGUCACUUAAAUUAGGAGAGGUUUUAACAUUGAUUAAGUACAUGUUUGAAGUUAUUAAACAGAUGAGUGAAGUCUGGGAAGACAUUCUUUUGGAGAUUGAAUCAAAGUUGAAAAAAUUUGCUAAAGAUAAAUUUGAAGCAUCUGGCCAUUCAUUAAGAUAUGAGCUUCUCCGACUUCUGUUGUAUGGCAACCCAAGUGAUGACCUAAAAAUAUUUAUGCAGUUUGAUCUCAAGAAGCAGACUCUCACUAAGCUUGGCAACUCUGUGCAGAAUUCCUAUAGUCAGAUUCAGAAGUUGCUUGUUAAGAAUUUCACUAUUGUGGUGGAGAAAAUUUUAUUUCAUUUGACUGGUUUACUAGGGCUUUCAAGAUGGCCUGAUAAAUUCUUAGAUCUAGGAUUAGAUGAAAAAUUACUUGAAGAGGCUAUGAGUACAACGGGUGCAUUGAUAAUAAAGAGCAAUGAAGUGCAACGAGUCAUUGAUGUCAGCAUCAGAAAUUUUAGUGCUUUCUAUGCCUGGCUCUAUCCCAUCAAAAUGAAAUUAUCUGGUGAAGUCAGCUCACCUAAUUUGGCCAAUUCAGGUAAUCUAAAUCAGCAAGAGAUCAAUUUUGUUGCUCAGUUCAUCAAUGAAAAUUUUUCAUCUGAAGAGGACGUUAAAUUAGAGAAAGUUGGCCAGUAUUUGAGGAAUGAAGACCUUUCAAAUCCUGUUUCUGCCCCAAACAUACCUUGGGAAACAUUCCUUGAUAAUUAUGCGUGUAGUUUUUCCAGUUCACAUCGUACAUUUUUUUAUGAUUCAUGUAAAAAUAAUUCUCUGAUUCAAGUGGCAAACAUGAUGCAGAAGAAUUUUCACUUUGUACUCGAAAAAUGCGCUACAAAAAUUAAAGAUUUUUUCAAAAUCACUCACACACAAAAUUUUAGUUAUUCAUCUCUAUCCUCAUCUGUAACUCAUGAUCUAAAAUUCACUGUAACCAGUUUGAAUAUGGGCAACGCCAGUUCAGAUCAACACUUACUCUAUUCAAUUGUAUGUUUGCCUGUACUGAAAAAGAAUUUUUAUUUAUUGAAACAAGAGGCGGGAUUGGCAUUUUCUAUUGCCAAUCUUUCAUUCAAAGAACCAGACAUGCCAGAAGCCUUUGAUGUAAUUGACAGAUCAUUUUAUGACAGCCAUUCAAUAUCACUACUCCUUCAAGAUGAUAAUUCACCCAAAGUUAUUCAUUACAAUCUGAGCUGUUUAGUGCCAUAUUUGAAGCCUGCAGGCAAUGGGAUGGACUUGAGUGAUGUACCCCAGGAAACAAUUUGUGAAGCAAUGGAAGAAGGAGAAAGAUGUAAAAUAUUAGAAAACAUGAAAGCUUCGAAGUUUGCCAUUUCUGGAUCAAGAAAAGUUGCUUGCGUUCUGUUUUCUUCACGAAAGAGAGUUAGAAUAUUCUUAACCGACGUCGAGGAGGAAGACGAAGACGACGAGGAUGUCGCGACGGUCAGUAUCAAUAAUUCAAAACUCUCAGGUCAGGAAGAGAGUCAUUCCGCUGUUAAUGCGAGUAACAUGAGAGUGGAUGGUGGCAAUGAUGAUGACAAUGGAGGUGACAUAGAUAAAGAAAAUAGUGAUUCUGUAUGA